CUCUUCCACCAAUCCCAGCACGAGGGUGUGUGCGCACGGUCGGCGCAUUGGAAGGAGGAAGUCGAGCGGGGAGAGAUGUACAACCGCAGGGAGUCCAAGUGUAGGCUGCACAUGGAGCAGGAACUGACGGGCUGUGUGUACCGCCAGCGAGGAGGGAUACAGCUCUGGUUGAGAAUUUGCAUAUUACAGUGGUAUACUUUUCUCUGGAGCGUCUUGCAACACUGAAAAGUUUCGAAAAAGGCAAUUCUGGAGAUUUUUUUUCCCAUUAGAAUCUCUCACAUGCAUGGUCAAGAGAAUGAGGAAGAGCACAAGCAGAAUAUGGAAACUGAAGAGGCACAGGACAUUUCCCAGCUGUCAGGUGAGACAGGGAGUAAGGAAGCUCUUUCUGUAAGUGAUCAACCAGAACAAUUAGAACAGAUGCCUGUCCCAGAAGAUCUGUCCACCAGUUCAGGGGGCCAGAACAACCCACAGAGUGAGAGGGUCAUUGCAAAUUCUAUUAAAAUAGAAACUCCGAGUGAUGAAGAGAAUGGGAGAGCCUGUGACACAAAUGGUGAAGAGUGCGCUGAAGACUUACGAAUGAUAGAUACUUCUGGGACUAAAUUGAACGGAUCACACAAUGGCCAAGGCAACAAAGCAUUUUCUGGAGUUGGUGGCAUUCGACUUCCAAAUGGCAAGCUGAAGUGUGAUAUCUGUGGAAUAAUUUGCAUUGGCCCAAAUGUCCUCAUGGUGCACAAACGUAGCCACACUGGGGAGCGCCCCUUCCAAUGCAGUCAGUGCGGCGCAUCUUUUACUCAGAAAGGCAAUCUACUUCGCCACAUUAAGUUGCACUCUGGUGAGAAGCCAUUCAAGUGCCAUCUUUGCAGCUAUGCCUGCCGCCGUCGAGAUGCACUCACAGGUCAUCUGCGGACUCAUUCUGUUGGAAAGCCUCACAAAUGUAGCUAUUGUGGGAGAAGCUACAAGCAACGCAGCUCACUUGAAGAACACAAAGAACGUUGCCACAAUUACUUGCAAACCAUGGGACUGCAUAGUGGUAUCUAUUCAGUGAAAGAAGAAAGCAAAUCACAUGAACUAACUGAAGGAGUGUGCAAGAUGGGAUCAGAAAGAGCUAUGGUACUGGACAGACUUGCAAGUAAUGUUGCAAAGCGCAAAAGUUCAAUGCCACAAAAGUUUGUUGGUGAAAAGAAGCUGCAGCUUGGUAUUUCAGAGCUUCAGUAUGACGCUAAUUCAAAUUAUGAAAAGGAGAAUGAGAUGAUGCAGACUCAUGUUUUGGAUCAAGCAAUUAACAAUGCUAUCAAUUAUCUAGGGGCUGAAUCCUUGCGUCCACUUGUCCAAACUCCUGCUGGAACCUCUGAAGUGAUACCAGUAAUAAGCAACAUGUACACCAUGCAUAAAACCAAUUCAGACACACAGAGUCAUGCUAACAGUGCCACAAGCCAAGACGGUGCAGUAGAAAAUGUAGUUCUUAUUUCAAAAACAAAAUCACAGUCAUCAGAAAGAGAACCAUCUCCAAGCAACAGCUGCCCAGACUCCACAGAUACAGAGAGCAAUAAUGAAGAACGGAACAACCUAAUUUACCUAACAAAUCAUGUAACUCCACAGGCAAGAAAUGGCUUGCCUUUAGUAAAAGAAGACCAUAGAUCUUAUGACAUGCUGAGAGCAGGCAUGGAACCUAAUCAAGAAAUCUUCAAAGUGAUCAGUGGUGAUGGAGAACAUGUGAAGGUUUAUAAAUGUGAGCACUGCAGGGUACUUUUCCUGGAUCAUGUAAUGUUUACAAUACACAUGGGUUGCCAUGGAUUCCGUGACCCUUUUGAAUGCAACAUGUGUGGGUACCGAAGCCAGGAUAGAUACGAAUUCUCUUCACACAUAACAAGAGGGGAACACCGUUUUCACAUGAACUAAUGAACUAUUCCCAUUUUAGCAUUUUGACAUUGUUUUCCAUUUUGUGCGAUUGAUUACAAUUAGCACAAAAAUACAGAGAAAAGAACAAAAUUGUUAGUUAACUUGUUUUGUAUAAUUUUCAUUUAUUCCUAUAGCUUGUACUGUUUACUGUGAAGGGCAGGCAGGGUUUUAUACACCGGACAGUAUCAUCAUACCUCUCAGAAUUAAUUCAUCUGAAGGAGUGUUCCUUGAGAUUGUAUUUAAUCAUAUUUGGCACUUAAAUUAUUUGCUUAAUGUAUAUGACCAAACUGAAAAUGUAAAUGUGAACAGUUCAUUACAAACCUGAAAUUAGUGGGUAGUUAACAUCUUGCAUUUUUAUUACUGUAGUUUGCAACAAGCGGUACUAGAAUUUUUAAACAAUUUAAAGCUUUUUAGUCUAGCAUCUUUUAUAAAAAGCAUUGAUAGAUUUGAGUGAUUUAGUGUUGUAAAUUGUAGAAUUGGGCACACUGUACGGUCUUGUUUCUUUGGCUGUGCGCCUUUUUGUACUAAAUUACCAGCUAAAACUCGGGAGCUUCAUUAAGAUACUAUUUGCAUUUGACCUGUUAAAAUGCAGCAGUAUCUAUAUAAUAUAUUGAGGUUCAUCUUUUACACAGAAAUUGUGCCUAAUAUGUUGGUUACAUUAUGGAAACAGUUUUCUGACAAAAAAAACAUUAGUUCAAAAAAUGUAUAGGUGUUUACUAAUGUUUAUCUAUAUUUCAAAUCCAUUAAGGUUUGCUUUAUUUAUUACAUUAAUUGUUACAUUUUAAACUGGAUUAAUCACCUUCUCAUUUCUAAAUGAAAUAUUGAUGGGUAGUUGUUAUUUCUAUGGCACAUAUAUAUAAAUAUUAUAUAUAUACAUUUAAAAUCAAGUUACAAUGUCUCAGCCUUCAGACUCGUUUAAUAGGGGUGGCACUGUAUAGUGAAUAUCUAAAAACUUUGGAUAACCAAAAAUGUAUCUAUUCUGUAGCUCAUGUUAAAUUAUAAUCAUAGAAUUUGGCACCACAUAAGAUGACAUUUGGCCCAUCAUGCAUGUAUUUAACUACCUGAAAGAACUAUCCACUUCAUCCUAUUUCCAUGCCCAUUCUCCAUUCCUUUUGUUUUCUCUUUUGAAUAUUUAUCCACUUUUAGAAGAUAUUACAGAUGACAGAAGGAUGCUUUAGUGACUGGAAGCCAGUGUCCAGUGGCGUACCAUAGGGAUCUGUGCUGGGUCC